CACCAUAUUCCAGACAGUAAAGCAGAAGGAGACAAGUAGCUUGGUCAUUUGGCUGUUUUGCCUUUCUCCUUCACAGAAAAUGAAUAGCCAGUAUGUGCGCCAUGAGGUCCGUGGAUGUGAAACUAGUAACCUGAGAAACUUCUGGGAAAAGGCAAUUGAAAAGCAAACUCAGUACCUGCAAACUGAAAAAGAACGUCAACAAAAGAGUGCUCUGACCAAACUCAGAAAUGAAUGGAUGGAAAGGCUGGAAAAAAAGCUAAAGAUGCUGAGGACCCAAACUGAAGAUUCAGCUAGCUGAAGAUCUCAGACCUCUUCUACAUUUGAAAAAUAAAGAAAACUGUUUUGCAGGAGAAAAAAUAAGAGUGUGAUACAAAUGCUCAGUGUAUUUUUAUUUACAAAUUUAAAUUAGAUUAGGCUGUUCAUAAGUGAUGAGAUUUAUUAUCUAGCACAACCUUUCAUUUAGUGAAGCGUGAAAGUGUAACACUAGUGGUUCUUUGGUCCAGAAAUACCAAGAAAAGGAGUUUAUCAUCAUGCUAACUAAACGUUUUUUAAAAUGAGUCUUCCUCCACUUUCUCUACAUACUGAUAUGAUACAGCAGUUUACUGUUGUGAUUUCCUUUUGAGAUUGCUUAAUAAAUGUUUGGAUUUUGAUUCUGUGAAUGACAGUGCAACACCAAAAAUAUACACACACAAAAAAUAUACUGAAGGGUAUGUUCAUAGUGCAAUCAUAUUUUAAAAGUGUUCUUAUUUGACUAACCUGCAUUAACUAAGUAGUUUAGUAAAGGGCACACAGCUUGGAUUUUCAUCCCAGUUAAUGGUUGGAGUUCAGUCCCAGGCUUUCCAGUUGGUUUCAAUUUAGUCUGCUUACCCAAGUUAAGACGUGGGGUUGGCUUGUUAUGUCCUAUUUUAACCUGAGGUAACUAACCAUAUUUAGACUAUUUGAGUCAGCUAACUGUGGCUAGCCAACCCAAACUAAGAACAUACCAUUUUGUGUACAGUAGACACACCUUAAACUAUAUGUAUUUUUCCAAUACACCUUAAAAGUAAGUCUUGUUUCCUUUCAUAUCUCCAUCAAAUGAAUUGUUAUGAAGUUCCUCCAUUGCUAAAGUCUGCCAGUUUGCAAUUAUCUUUAACAAUACAGAAGUGCUUCAGGAGAGUGCUGCUUCUCUUUUAGGGUGACUGGUUCCUUCCCACCAGAGGACCUGAAGUAAUGUACCAUGAAAUGGAUUGUUUUAAACACACUAAAAAUCUUUUUCCCUCAGUUGUUCAGCUUUCAAUCUCUUGUAAUGCCCUCAUUUCACUAGUUCUCCACUCAUCCUUGUUCUUUCAGUGUAGACAAGGUUUUAAUUGACAAUGGAGAAAAGUAAGCAAAAAAAAAGAUUGUGUGUUUUAAAUAGUUUAGGCUUUCUGCCUAUUCAUUAUAAAGCAAAAAAUUAAACCCCAACAUAGCUUUGACAUGUCCUGAGGUCAAAAAUUAAAUCUGAUGUCUGUUCUUCCAAUGGGACUCAUGUGCAUGCAAAUGAUAGCCUAAUGAGGAGCUUGAACAUUUGUUAAUGCAUUCAAAACAACCUUGGGACACAAGCUGUUAAAUCAAGUUAUCAAAAGGUAUUUACCAAACUUUCAGAAAGAGCUUGCCUGCUAGCUGAAAAUGCCUAAAAGCUGUUAUGGUCAAUUUCUUCAAUAUAUUCGUUUUCUUAUGCCAUUUUCGAAGGGAUAUAAACUAAAAUGGAAAUAGACACGCUUAUGCUUGAAUAAGAGUGCCCAACAAAGGAGUUGUAGCUGUAUACUGUAUACACUGUAUACUGUAG